CAGCUUUAUUAUUUCGGCUUUAACUAUUAUCUCUACUACUACUACUACUAUUACUUUGAUAUAACAUAAACAUGGAGUUCAUGAGCGCAUUGGGCUCACAGGAGGAUGCCUAUAGGCCCUCUCUGUUUGAGCUUGAUGCCCAACAAAAGCUACGCGAACUGCUUCAGCCUGCAGUACAAUAUGUUCUUGCUAUUUACGCUCAACGAUACCCUCGACUGCUAAUCCGAGUUGUCAAUAACCAUGAAGAAUUCUACGCCAUCCUCAUGUUCUUUGUUGAACGGCAUUAUUUGAAAGAGUGGGGUGCAUCCUUUGCCGAAAACUUUUACGGUCUGAAGCGAGUUUCAUCAGCCUACUUGAGCAACAACAAAUUCGCAGCCGCUGUCAACGGUGGCCAAAACAGCACACCAGCUUUGACACGCAGCGAAAUCAGCAAGUCGCUGCUUGUCUUGGUGGGUUUGCCGUACGUCAAAUGCAGGCUGGACCUGUUUUAUUCGCAAAUUUCUGGCGGCCUAUCAGCAUCGAUUCUCGGUGGGAAUGAGCAGGAGGAAAGAGAGGCAGAGGAAUUGGCAGAUCUGGAUAUUCCAGUAAGGCGAAAGCUGGCGAUCCGGCUGACUCAGUUGUUCCGCAAGGUCUAUCCCUAUAUCAACAUGCUCUACCAUGGAUUGAAUUUAGCAUACAACAUUGCAUAUCUCUUUGGCAAAACCAAAUACUAUUCACCUUGGUUACAUUUGAUUGGGCUAGAGAUCAAACGGAUGAGUAUGGCGGAUUAUCGGACAUAUUACGAUAAAUUGGCACAAGCACAACCUAAGGAUGGCAGCUCAUCGUUCCUGUCGUCGUCGCUCAGUACCAUGACGGGCGUAUUCAGCAAAGUUAUUGAAUUCCUCAAGGUGCUUUUACCAAUGUCUAUCUUCUUUUACAAGUUCCUGGAAUGGUGGUAUUCGUCUGAAUUUGCACGGGGUGGUAAUGCAGGCGCCCUUGGUGACGAUGAAGCAGAAAACACAAUUCCUCCUCCAGAAAAAUUAAAGGCCGAUCCACGCGGAACACCAAUACCUUCCACGCGAAACACUUGCCCACUUUGCUUAACCUCCCCCAUCAACAAUCCGACUGCCCUUCCAUCCGGUUAUGUCUUUUGCUACACAUGCGCAUACCACUAUGUUGAGGAACAUAAUCGUUGUCCUGUUACAUGGACCAAGGUCGAAAAGGGAAUAGAAGGUUUAACAAAGGUUUAUGCAGAUGGUAGCUUGUAGGAUGCAUGAUACGUAAUACAGAAAGCAAAAAAAAAUUACAGUAUAAGAUGACUUGAAU